UCGAGUUGAAGUUUUACUAGUAUUUACCGCGUGUAAUAGCAUAGUGAACGUUCAUUUUCAAGUCACAAAAAAAAUAUAUUCACAACUUUUUUCUCAUUCAUUUUUACGGUGAUAAUCGGUAUUUUAUAUACAAUUGAGUUGAUUUUUUUUCUUAAGCGGUGAUAUCUAGAUUGGUUAUUUAUAUUUAAAUUUAAAGAAGUGAACGAAAAAAAGAAAGAAAAAAUAAUACCAGAAUGGCCGACGAAGAUAUUUCAUUAACCGAAGAUCAACUUCUCGAAAACUUAGACGAUGGAAACAAUGGCGAUGCCGAAUUCCUAAAUGAGGACGAAUCGAUUCAUCAAAUUAUCGAUCCGGAAUUAGAGGCGAUAAAGGCCCGCGUUAAAGAAAUGGAAGAAGAAGCUGAAAAACUGAAGCAAAUGCAAUCCGAGGUCAAUAAACAAAUGACAAUGAGCUCACCAACGGGCAUUGCAGCCAUUCCUUUAUCGAUCGAAGAGAAACGGGAAAUAGAUGAUCGAUCAAUUUAUGUGGGAAAUGUUGACUAUGGUGCAACCGCCGAAGAAUUGGAAGCGCAUUUCCACGGUUGCGGCAGCAUGAAUCGUGUUACAAUUUUAUGCAAUAAAGCUGACGGACAUCCCAAAGGAUUUGCGUACAUUGAAUUUGGUUCGAAAGAUUUUGUUGAGACCGCAUUAGCAAUGAAUGAAACAUUGUUCCGAGGACGUCAAAUCAAAGUAAUGGCUAAGCGAACAAAUCGGCCUGGUAUUUCAUCGACAAAUCGUAUGCCACGAGGUUUUCGGGGUCGUGGACGUGGUAUUGCGCGCGGUGCAGCUGGUUGCUGUCACGGUUCAUUCAGAGGCACUCGACGACCAAUACGGGGUUACAGGGGACGCGCCAAUUACUAUACGCCAUAUUAAAGAUUUACCAGUUGAAAUGUUGCUGAUUACAUCAUAUCGGCCUGUUGAGCAGAUGAAGCAAAAAUGGGUAAGAUUUUCACUUUUUUUUCUUCUUAAUACACAUUCACCCAUCAUAUUAAGAGAAAAAAAAAUAUGAGCACAAAAAUAAGAAAAAUAACGAAGAAGAAAAAGAU